AUGACCCAUGCCCCUUGUCCUAGAGUAAUUUUUGUUCGUCAUGGACAGACUGAAUGGUCCAAAUCCGGUCAAUAUACUUCAAUCACUGACCUUCCAUUGACCGAUUUUGGUGUUAAACAAAUGAGAAACACUGGUAAACAUCUUAUUGGUACAUCUCCAUUCCAACUCAUCAAACCUAAAAACUUGAAGCAUAUUAUCACCUCUCCAAGACUUAGAGCUAAACAAACUGCUGAGUUGCUUUUGGAAAGCAUUAGUGAACAAGAUAAGGCACAUAUUAACAUCAGAGAAGAAGAUGAGAUUAGAGAAUGGGAAUAUGGUGAUUAUGAAGGUUUGCUCACCUCUCAGAUUAUUGAAUUAAGAAAGUCAAGAGGUUUGGACACUCAUUUGGAAGGAGAUGACGUUUGGAACAUUUGGAGAGAUGGUUGUGAAAAUGGAGAAGUUCAUUCUCAAGUUAAGGAAAGAGUUGAUUCUGUCAUUGCAAAGAUUAAAGUUGACCACAAGAAGGCUCUUGAAAAUAACGAAGCUUGUGAUACCAUUGUAAUUGCCCAUGGACACAUUUUACGUUGUUUUGCUGCUCGUUGGGUGGGAAGAGAACUUAACCGUAACCCAGAUUUCUUGUUAGAUGCCGGUGGAGUUGGUGUUCUUAGUUAUGGCCAUCGUAACAUCAACGAACCAGCUCUCUACUUGGCCGGAGCAUUUGUGGUUCCUGUCGAAGAACAAAGUGCUGACCUUUAA